AUGUCGAGUUUCGAGUCGGUUGUCGUCAUUGAUGGCAAGGGCCAUCUCCUUGGCCGCUUGGCCUCCAUCGUCGCCAAGCAGCUUCUGAACGGCCAGCAGAUUGUUGUCGUCCGAUGCGAGGCCCUCAACAUCUCCGGAGAGUUCUUCCGAUCUAAGCUCAAGUACCACGCUUACCUCCGCAAGAUGACCCGGUACAACCCCACCCGAGGUGGUCCCUUCCACUUCCGCGCCCCUCCCGCAUCUUCUACAAGACCGUCCGAGGCAUGA